AUGAAGAUUCGGCUCGUCUUCCUAGCUUUGGUUAUUUACUGCCUACCCGUAUGGUCAGAGGACAGCAAUCGCACUAAUGGAAACUCCGACGAAACAUCUGAUCAGGAAUUGUCGGAGCAACUGGAGGAAGCCAACGACAUAUCAGAGGGCUGGUCGAAGUGGUCGAAUUGGUCUCCUUGUUCCCGCUCCUGCGACGGCGGCGUCGCCCAUCAAUUAAGGACCUGCUCGAUCGGCAAAUGUAGAGGCAACCACAUCAGAUACAAAAUAUGCAACAUGCAGCCCUGCCCGGACUCGCACGAGUUCCUGGAGGACCAAUGCGCCGCCUACAACUCCAUCCCCUACGAGGGCGCCCUCUACGAGUGGUCGCCGCACUACGUCGACGACAACCCCUGCGCCCUCACCUGCAAAGGGAAGCCGGCCGACGGCGGAGGAUUCGACGAGGACGAUCCCGUGAUGGUGGUCGAAACGUUGGCGUCGAAGGUGCACGACGGGACCAGGUGCAGGCCCGGCAGCCUGGACAUGUGCAUCGACGGGACCUGCCAAAGAGUUGGUUGCGACCUGCAAAUAGGCUCGACCAGGCAAGUGGACGAAUGCGGCGUGUGCGGCGGAGACGGUUCCUCCUGCACGAGGCCUUUGUAUCACUGGACCUUCACGUACACUUCCUUGUGUUCUGCGACUUGUGGCGGAGGAUACAAGAUGUCGCGUCCUUUGUGCCAGAACCGAGUGACAGGAGAUGAAGUCGAAGAAAAGCUGUGCAACGAUUCUCAGAAGCCGGAUGCGACUGUCGUCGAAUGUAACACGCACAACUGUCCGCCCAAGUGGCACGCGAGCGAAUGGGGCGCCUGUUCGGUGAGCUGCGGCGGCGGCGUGAAACUCCGGCAAGUCCAUUGCGUCGAAGAGACGAACAACACGAAAAUAAUGGUCGAAGACGGCAAGUGCGGCGGCCGUAAACCCUGGCCGCAGGAGGGGUGCAAUCAAAUGGAUUGCCCGACUUGGAUAACGACCAAAUGGUCAGGCUGCUCGGUGUCCUGCGGCGAUGGUAUCCAAGUCAGGGACGUCGAGUGCAGGGACAACGACGACAGAUUGAGCAACUUGUGCUCGCUGGAGACCAAACCUCUGACGGCCAAGCAUUGCUCGACCGGUAUACAAUGUCCGUUUACCGUGGAAACGAGCGAGGAACUGUUGCCCGGUUUGUACCACACACAACCGCUCAAUCAACCGUAUCCGCCGCCUCCGGUGCCGGAAAGACUUAUCGGCGAGCAAAUCGUUCCGUCGGAAAGCACAUUCAUCCCGGACGAAUGGGGUCCGUGCAGCGUGAGUUGCGGCGAAGGCGUAAGAAAGCGAGAGGUCCAUUGCAAGAUAUUCCUCGAAUUUUCCCGCACCAUAGCCAAAUUGCCGGACAAACAAUGCACCGGCCCUAAGCCGAUCGAAAUAGAAACCUGCUACAUGGAGCCCUGCAUGUCCGAGCGCAUCGGCGUCGACAUCAAAGACGACCCUUACAGCCGGUCGGACAUCAAAGUGGCCCCCGGCUCGCCGGCCAAAUCCUACUCGUGGAAGGAGCAGGGCUUCACCCACUGCAGCGCCACCUGCUUGGGCGGCAUCCAGGAGCUCAUAGUCAACUGCGUCAGGGACGACACGCAGAAGGUCACCUCACCGUUCAUGUGCCCCAUUGAAUUGAAACCGGAGAUCCGGAUACAGACCUGCAACGACCACCCGUGCCCGCCGCGCUGGAACUACUCGGAGUUCUCGCCGUGCUCGCAGAGCUGCGGCAUCGGCAUUCAAACGCGAGAGGUGAAUUGCAUACACGAGGUCACGCAAGGCGGCGGCAAUACGGUGAUCGUUCCGAACAACAUGUGUCCUCAACCGCCGCCGCCCGACCGGCAGUAUUGCAACGUCCUCGACUGUCCGGUGCGGUGGAAGGUCGGCGAGUGGUCGAGGUGCUCGAAGAGCUGCGGCGGCGGCACCAAGAGCAGGAAGGUGGAGUGCAAGCAGGUGAUGGCGCAAAACCACACGGUGGAUAGGUUGCCUACGAUGUGUCCGGUACCCAGACCUGCCGAAUCGAAGCCUUGCAACACGAAGAGCUGCCUGGUGGAGAGCGACAAGCCGCAAAUCGACGUGUCCAACAGCACGUUCAUCCAGCACGAUCCGAAGAAGAAGAAAAUUUCGUUGAAAAUAGGAGGCGCCGCCACCGUCUUCCUGGGCACCACCAUCAAAAUCAAAUGUCCCGUGAAGAGAUUCGACAGGACCAAAAUCCAUUGGACCAAAGACAAGAACCACUUGCCCAAGAACAAGAAGUUCAAAACGUCGAAGAAAGGCGCCUUGAGGGUUUCCAAUCUGAGUUUGAGAGACAGCGGAACGUACACCUGCACGGCGGGAAAAUCCGUGGCCAGUAUACAAAUCUCGGUGAGGCCGAAACCGGGGGAGUUCCCGACGUCCGAGGAGAUCCAAAAGCAGGGCUACAAGACGGACAAGGUCGAUUUGGUUUCGGGCAGACCUAAAAACCGGGACGACGACACGCCCAACUUCAGCGACGAUCAUUCCCACGAGCAAAGGCCCGACAAGUCGAGGAAAAAAACCGGAUCUCGCCUGUUCACCCCCACGCUGCCCUCUCUGAGAUUGGACUCCAACUACAACGAGCAGUUGCAGAGCACCAUGGACAAAGGCGGAGAAAAAGUGAGUACGAUUUCACAUCGACCGGGUAUUUCGAAAGUUUCUCGAAUCUACCGUAACUUUGUUGUUUCCACCACGCUGCCGAAGGACCGAUUCUCUUCGUUGCCGUCGAGCACGUCGGAAUUUAACAACCCCAUAGAACGCGGGGAUCUGGCCAGUUCGGCUAACCGGCUCAUGCCAAAUUUCCAACGACUAAUAUUCAAUUUACAGGUGUUCAGCAACUCCCGCGGCCACCGCAUGAUCGACUUCCCCGGCGACCGCGCCCACCCCGACGUCCUGCCCUUCUUCGCCGAGGACUCCACCAGCCCGCCCCGCGACGACGACGACGCCGACGCCACCGACGACCAGGACAACAUCGUCGUCCUCGGCAAGGGCACCAAGGAGAACCUCGAAUUCGAAUGGACCACCGGCCCCUGGACCAAGUGCUCACAGACCUGCGGCGGCGCCGGCAUCCAACAGAGGAAGAUCCAUUGCAUCGUCAGGUUGUACAACGCUACGCAGCCGGUGGACGACAUCCUCUGCGAGGAUGCAGGUUUAGCUGUUCCGGGAUCAAGCAGGAAGUGCGGUUUCGACGAGUGUCCUGAAUGGACGACGCACGAUUGGAGCGCUUGCGAGAAAUCCAAGUGUUUCGAUAUGCACAAAGCGUUGCAAAGACGGAUCGUUCGGUGCGAAAUUGCUGCGAAUUUGACGCUGGAUCCUGCCAAGUGCGAUGCAGAUGCCAGGCCGGUGGAUAGGCAGGAGUGUUUCAAUGAUAAAUGCAUCGGGAAGUGGAAAGUCGGUCGAUGGUCGGAGUGCGCAGCGCCCUGCGAAUCGAAAGGUUUGAAAUACAGGAUCAUACAGUGCGUUUGGUACGGUACUAAAAAACCAGCAGGAACGGCUUGCCAGGAUUUACCUAGACCUCCGAUAAUGAAGUCGUGCAUAGGGACUUCGUGUACAAAAACAGAACCAAUUUGCAAGGACCAUUCCAUGUUCUGCCCGAACGUGAAAAUGAUGAACAUGUGCAAGAUAAUGAGGUACCAGCAGCAGUGUUGCCAGACUUGCAGGCAAUGA